UUUUCCAAUUAAUUAUGGAAAUUGAACCUAGGCGUUAACCAGUGCCCAAAACCAAAACCCCUAGCUUCCUCGCCGCACUGCAAUAGCCACAACCAAGCUAGCUCCGCCGCUCGCCACCGUGGCCUCACCGUCAGUUUCUCUAAAUAAUCCAUUUCUGGAACUAUACAAGUAGAAGACAUGGAAAAUCAACCAAAACAAAACCAACAAUCAACAAGCUCCGCUCCUCCCAUCCAGAAAAUUGAGGAAGAUCAAGCAGCCAGUACUGCAAUGGGCUUGAAAGAGUCAUUGCAAAAUCAAUAUCUAAAAGUCAAAGAGCAUGCAGAAACAUACCCUUAUGUUUGGGCUUCCUAUAUUGUCGUAUAUGGUGGCCUUGGUCUCUGGACUGCCUAUAGAUGGAGAAAGCUUCGCAAAACCGAGGACAGAGUAAGAACUCUGCAUGAAAAACUUCGGAAGCUUGUUGAAGCUGAAGAAUCUUCAAGCUCUACCAAAGUGAUUGAAAAGGGUUCUGCUGAUAAAUCUUCCAAAUAGUUUACAAUAAAAAGAAUCCUUAUCAUGGUCAAGUUGUCUAGUUUACUAUCAAUAUCACUGAAGCUUACCGUUGUAGUUGCCUGGGGUAUGAAAAAAGAUUUUGUUUUGCUCACCUGAUCAACUCAUUCAUUAGAGGAAAAUACUCAAUUAUAUUGAUCUUUAACAAAUUGUUAAAACCUAUAUCUGAUAUCUUUCUUCCUAAAGUUGGGACAAAUAUCAUUGCAGUGUACACGGUUCACAGACCUUCAGUUUCUAUAUUGAUUACAGAAGGGACCAAUGCAUUUUUUGUUAUUCUUAUAUAGUAUUUACAAUGGUGGUAACUUGUAUAUUGCAAAUACAUGUGAACUCCAUUUCAGAAUCCCCGUGGUGAUCAAUUAAAAAUUGCUAUUUUCUCUCU